CCAAAACCAGGGGCAUUUAUGUCACUCAAAAUAUCCACAACUUCUUCAUAAACCCUGAGUCUCCAAAAUCCUCAAGCCUCCUCUUCUCUGUAACCUUAUCUGUUAAAAGAGGCAAAGAAAAUCAAAGCAAAAGCCACCAUGACUGCCUCCACGGCUUCGCUAGCUCUUCCUUCUCUUUCCCCAAAAACACUAGCCCUUUACACUCCCAAACCCACUUCAGUCCCGUUCUACUCUGUCUCUUCCUCAUCUCUAACGCUCGGCUGUAAGCCCAUUUCAAUUUCGGCUUCAUUUCUCAACUCGAGAAGGUUUCAGAGCGCGUCGUCUCGGUUCGUGCGAAACGUCGCCGUUUCGUCCGAGUUCGAGCAGGAUGAGGAGGUUCUCAGCGACGAUGGGGAGGCCAGUUUCGCGCCUGACCUCAAGCUCUUCGUCGGAAACCUUCCCUUCAGCGUUGACAGUGCUCAGCUCGCUGGGCUCUUCGAGAGUGCUGGAAAUGUCGAGAUGGUUGAGGUGAUAUAUGACAAGACAACUGGAAGAAGCAGAGGAUUUGGGUUUGUGACUAUGUCUAGUGUCCAGGAAGCUGAAGGAGCUGCUCGACAGCUCAAUGGUUAUGAACUUGACGGAAGGGCAUUGAGGGUAAACUAUGGACCUCCUCCCCCUAGGUCUGAAGACUCUUUUAGAGGUGCCAGAGGUGGUGGAGGUUCUGACUCCUCCAACCGCCUUUAUGUGGGUAACCUUGCAUGGGGUGUUGACAAUCUAGCACUUGAGAACUUGUUUAGUGAGCAAGGAAAGGUUUUGGAAGCCAAGGUAGUUUAUGACAGGGACAGUGGCCGAUCAAGGGGUUUUGGUUUUGUAACUUAUGGUACUGCUGAUGAAAUGAACAGUGCCAUUGAAUCGUUGGAUGGAGUUGACUUGAAUGGAAGAUCUAUCCGAGUAACCGCGGCAGAACCUAGGCCAAGGCGUCAAUUUUGAAUGUAAAACUUUGCGAGUCAUUGGCCAACAGAAGCGUUGAUGAUAUAGCCUUUUCCCAUUGCUGUUUGUGAAGAACUCCAAGAUCAUGCUGCCUUGCGCCACAGUUGGAUUCGCGAGUGGUGGUAGUGAUGGUUUUUGACAUUUGCCUAUAGAUGGCCAAGAGCAGAGAAGAAUGUUUUGUUUUCAAAUUUAUAUUCCGAGUGGCUGGGCCAGUUAAGGAACUGAUUUGUGCUCGACUUAUUUUGACAGUUUAUGGAUUCGGUACAUCGUUUGUGUUCUCGUUAAUUGCAUAGUCUGGCUUCCCUUUAUAUGUCAUUGAAGGAUAUCUUGAUUGUGUAAUGAAUUGCAGGAGAAAUGUACAGCCAGGUCACCCUUAA